AAUUGAUUAGAAAACAGAGAGCAGAGGUUUCAGAGAGGAAGAGCUGAGAUUUUCCGGGAGAUUCUAGCUGGAUCCACCCGUACCCUGGAAUGAUAUUCCCAAUUUUCGAUGUUCGUACACACUUGGGCUGAUUACCUCCGGCAAAACUCAUGAGAUUGAAAAUCGGGUCGUGUUCGUGGCGCUCAUGAUCUGUUGAAUUGCUUUCGAAGAAGUGACAAUUUCGAGAAGUGGGGAUCCAUUCCCGGCCAACGUGAUGAAGGCCGGGAGCGCGGCAAAAUUGAUAGUGGAGGCGCUGCUGCAGCGGUUCCUGCCUCUUGCGAGGCGUCGAAUCGAGACAGCUCAGGCUCAGGAUGGACAAUACCUUCGGCCAUCAGACCCGGCGUAUGAGCAGGUGUUGGAUUCCUUGGCUAUGAUUGCUCGUCACACCCCUGUUCCGCUUCUGGAAGCUCUGCUUAGAUGGAGGGAAAGUGAAUCUCCCAAAGGUGCAAAUGAUGCAUCAACUUUCCAGAGGAAGUUGGCUGUGGAAUGUAUUUUUUGUUCAGCCUGCAUUCGUUUCGUGGAGUGUUGUCCACAGGAGGGGCUUACCGAGAAGCUAUGGUCUGGACUUGAGAAUUUUGUUUUUGAUUGGCUUAUUAAUGCUGACAGGGUUGUUAGCCAAGUGGAAUAUCCCUCACUGGUCGAUUUGCGGGGUCUCCUUCUUGACUUGGUUGCUCAACUCCUGGGUGCAUUAUCCCGUAUCAGGUUCAGCUCUGUCACUGAGCGCUUUUUCAUGGAACUCAAUACUCGUCGGAUUGACACAAGUGUUGCAAGGAGUGAAACUCUCAGUAUCAUUAAUGGGAUGCGAUACCUGAAGCUUGGGGUCAAGACCGAGGGUGGGCUUAACGCUUCUGCCUCAUUUGUGGCAAAAGCAAACCCCCUAAACCGUGCUCCGCAUAAGCGGAAAAGUGAGCUUCAUCAUGCGGUGUGCAAUAUGCUUUCUAACAUCCUGGCACCACUUGCCGAUGGUGGUAAAAGCCAGUGGCCUCCUUCAGUUUCAGAACCUGCACUGACACUGUGGUAUGAGGCUGUUGGGCGCAUUAGAGUUCAGCUAGUGCAUUGGAUGGAGAAACAGAGCAAACACAUUGGUGUUGGCUAUCCACUUGUGACUCUUCUUCUCUGUCUCGGUGAUCCACUGAUAUUUCAUCAUAAUCUAAGCUCUCACAUGGAGCACUUAUACAAGCUUUUAAGAGACAAGAACCAUCGUUUCAUGGCACUUGAUUGUCUCCACCGGGUGUUAAGGUUUUAUUUAAGCGUGCAUGCUGCUAGCCAGCCACCAAAUCGUAUAUGGGACUACUUGGAUAGUGUAACAUCACAAUUGCUAACAGUUCUGAGGAAAGGAAUGCUUACUCAGGAUGUCCAACAGGAUAAACUUGUUGAUUUCUGUGUGACCAUAGCUGAGCAUAACCUCGACUUUGCCAUGAAUCACAUGAUACUAGAGUUGUUGAAGCAAGACAGUCCGAGUGAAGCAAAGAUAAUUGGUCUCCGAGCUUUGCUUGCCAUUGUCAUGUCACCUUCAAGCCAGUAUGUUGGCUUGGAAAUUUUCAAGGGUCAUGGAAUUGGUCAUUAUAUACCCAAGGUGAAAGCAGCAAUUGAGUCAAUUUUAAAGUCCUGUCACAGGACCUAUAGCCAAGCUCUUCUAACAUCUUCCAGGACUACAAUAGAUGCCGUGAAUAAGGAAAAGUCUCAAGGAUCUCUCUUCCGGUCGGUCCUGAAAUGCAUACCAUAUCUUAUAGAAGAAGUUGGCCGCAGUGAUAAGAUCACUGAAAUAAUACCUCAGCAUGGUAUUAGCAUUGAUCCAGGAGUUCGAGAGGAAGCAGUGCAGGUACUGAACCGAGUUGUUAGAUGCCUUCCUCAUCGGCGUUUUGCAGUUAUGAAGGGGAUGGCGAACUUCAUCCUGAAGCUUCCUGAUGAAUUCCCUCUUCUGAUUCAAACAUCACUAGGGCGCCUGUUGGAACUCAUGCGUUUUUGGAGGGCUUGUUUGAUAGAUGAUAGACAGGAGGCUGAUGCUGAAGAGGGGAAGAAAACAGGGCAAGGAACUGAUAGGUUAAAAAAAUUAUCUUUCCAACAACCAGCAGAUGCCAUUGAGUUUCGUGCUGCAGAUAUCGAUGCUGUUGGCCUGAUUUUUCUUAGUUCAGUUGAUAGUCAGAUUCGGCACACUGCAUUAGAAUUAUUGCGAUGUGUACGUGCCUUGAGAAAUGAUAUACAGGACAUCAUGAUUCAAGAACACCCAGAUCAUGUUAUGAAAUAUGAAGCUGAACCAAUAUAUAUAAUUGACGUCUUAGAAGAACAUGGGGAUGAUAUUGUUCAAGGUUGCUACUGGGAUUCUGGCCGUCCUUUUGAUUUAAGACGAGAAUCUGAUGCCGUUCCUCCUGACGUGACUCUUCAAUCCAUAAUCUUUGAGAGCCCUGAUAAGAACAGGUGGGCCCGGUGUCUUAGUGAGCUUGUCAAGUAUGCUGCUGAACUCUGUCCACGUUCUGUUCAAGACGCAAAGUCUGAAAUAAUGCAACGUCUUGUCCAUAUCACACCGGCUGAAUUAGGUGGAAAGGCUAACCAGUCACAAGAUAUGGACAACAAACUGGAUCAAUGGCUUCUGUAUGCAAUGUUUGUAUGUUCUUGUCCACCAGAUGGUAAAGAUGCUGGUAGUAUAGCGGCGACCAGGGAUAUGUACCACCUCAUUUUCCCUUAUCUUAGAUUUGGGUCAGAAGCACACAAUUACGCUGCAACAAUGGCCCUUGGGCAUUCGCAUUUGGAAGCAUGUGAAAUCAUGUUUAGCGAGCUUGCAUCUUUCAUGGAUGAGGUUUCAUCAGAAACAGAGGCAAAGCCAAAGUGGAAGAUCCAGAAAGGAGGUCGCAGAGAGGAACUCCGAGUCCACUUUGCUAAUAUAUACCGUACCGUGGCUGAGAAUGUCUGGCCCGGAAUGCUUGCUCGUAAGCCAGUGUUCCGCCUCCACUAUCUGAGGUUCAUUGAAGAUACAACAAAACAGAUCUCGAUGGCCCCACCUGAAAACUUUCAGGACAUGCAACCUCUGCGCUAUUCACUUGCAUCUGUUUUAAGGUUCCUGGCCCCUGAAUUCAUCGAAUCAAAGUCAGAGAAAUUUGAUGUCAGAACUAGGAAACGUCUAUUUGAUCUGCUUCUUUCCUGGUCUGACGAUACGGGCAGUACUUGGGGACAGGAUGGCGUGAGUGACUAUCGGAGAGAAGUCGAAAGAUACAAGACUUCGCAGCACAACCGGUCAAAAGAUUCUAUAGAUAAAAUCUCAUUUGACAAGGAAUUGAAUGAACAGAUUGAGGCCAUUCAGUGGGCCUCGUUGAAUGCAAUGGCUUCCCUUCUAUAUGGACCAUGUUUUGAUGACAAUGCAAGAAAAAUGAGCGGCCGUGUGAUAUCUUGGAUAAAUAGUUUGUUUAUAGAGCCUGCUCCCAGGGUUCCUUUUGGUUACUCUCCUGCUGAUCCAAGAACCCCAUCUUACUCCAAGUAUGCAGGAGAAGGUGGACGAGGAGCAACUGGCCGUGAUAGGCAUAGAGGUGGCCAUCAACGUGUUGCUUUGGCUAAGUUGGCUUUAAAGAAUCUUCUACUUACGAACUUGGAUCUCUUUCCUGCUUGCAUUGAUCAGUGUUACUACUCCGAUGCGGCUAUAGCUGAUGGUUACUUCAGUGUGUUGGCUGAGGUUUACAUGCGGCAUGAAAUUCCAAAAUGUGAAAUCCAGAGGCUACUGAGUCUUAUUCUCUACAAGGUUGUGGAUCCAUCUAGGCAAAUCCGUGAUGAUGCCCUUCAAAUGCUCGAGACGCUUUCUGUGCGUGAAUGGGCAGAGGAUGGAAUGGAAAAUUCAGGAAGCUAUAGAGCAGCUGUUGUAGGUAACUUGCCUGAUUCCUACCAACAAUUCCAGUACAAGCUCUCCUGCAAACUCGCCAAGGAUCAUCCUGAGCUAAGUCAGCUUCUUUGCGAAGAAAUCAUGCAGAGGCAGCUUGAUGCUGUUGAUAUAAUUGCUCAGCAUCAGGUCUUGACCUGUAUGGCUCCAUGGAUCGAGAAUCUUAAUUUCUGGAAACUCAAGGAUUCGGGUUGGAGUGAGAGAUUACUAAAAAGUCUUUACUAUGUUACUUGGAGACAUGGGGAUCAGUUCCCGGAUGAAAUCGAGAAGCUUUGGAGCACAAUUGCAAGCAAGCCAAGAAACAUCAGCCCUGUAUUGGAUUUUCUAAUCACAAAAGGUAUUGAGGACUCUGAUUCAAAUGCAUCUGCCGAAAUCACUGGUGCAUUUGCUACAUAUUUCUCAGUUGCUAAACGUGUGAGUUUGUAUCUUGCUCGGAUAUGUCCUCAACGAACUAUCGAUCACCUGGUUUACCAAUUAUCCCAGCGGAUGUUGGAAGACAGUAUCGAACCAAUUGGCUUUGGUGCCUCCAGGGGCGAUUCCAAUGGAAAUUAUGUGCUGGAAUUCUCUCAGGGACAUGCUGUAGCACCACAAGUUGCUUCUGCUGCAGAUACACAGCCACACAUGUCGCCACUGCUUGUUCGAGGUUCCCUCGAUGGCCCCCUUAGGAAUGCAAGUGGGAGCCUAAGUUGGAGAACAGCAGGUGUGACUGGGCGAAGUGCUUCUGGGCCCUUAAGUCCGAUGCCUCCUGAGUUGAACAUCGUUCCUGUAGCUGCAGGUCGUUCUGGUCAGCUCUUGCCUGCACUGGUAAAUGCAUCAGGACCGUUAAUGGGAGUUAGGAGUUCUACAGGAAGUUUGAGGAGUCGUCAUGUAUCACGAGAUAGUGGAGAUUACCUCAUCGAUACACCGAAUUCUGGUGAAGAAGUUUUGCAUUCCGGGGUUGGAAUUCACGGUGUUAAUGCGAAAGAACUCCAGUCAGCUUUGCAAGGGCAUCAACAACACUCCCUCACUCACGCAGAUAUAGCUUUGAUUCUGCUCGCCGAAAUCGCAUAUGAGAAUGAUGAAGAUUUCCGGGAGCAUCUGCCUUUGCUUUUUCAUGUCACCUUUGUUUCAAUGGAUAGUUCUGAAGACAUCGUGCUCGAACAUUGCCAACACUUGCUUGUGAAUCUACUGUACUCGCUUGCUGGUCGACAUUUGGAACUGUACGAGGUGGAAAACAGUGACAGAGAGAACAAACAACAGGUUGUCAGUUUGAUCAAGUACGUGCAAUCAAAACGUGGGAGCAUGAUGUGGGAGAAUGAAGAUUCGACUGUUGUGAGAACAGAUCUUCCAAGUGCAGGGCUUCUGUCCGCGCUUGUUCAGAGUAUGGUCGAUGCUAUAUUCUUCCAGGGAGAUCUUCGAGAAACUUGGGGAACUGAGGCCCUCAAAUGGGCAAUGGAGUGCACUUCGAGACAUCUAGCCUGCCGGUCUCACCAGAUAUACCGUGCAUUACGACCAUGUGUUACUAGUGAUGCUUGUGUCUUACUUCUACGCUGUCUCCAUCGAUGUCUUAGCAAUCCAAUACCUCCGGUUUUGGGUUUCAUCAUGGAAAUCUUGCUGACGUUACAGGUCAUGGUAGAGAACAUGGAGCCAGAGAAGGUCAUACUCUACCCACAACUUUUCUGGGGCUGUGUUGCCAUGAUGCACACAGACUUUGUCCAUGUCUACUGCCAGGUUCUGGAGCUGUUCUCCCGUAUUAUCGAUCGUCUCUCAUUCCGUGACAAGACAACUGAAAAUGUACUCUUGUCAAGUAUGCCUCGGGGUGAAGCCAACAACACGAGGAAUGAUCUGGGUGACUUCCAGAGGACGGAAUCUAGAGGGUUCGAGAUGCCACCCUCUAGCGGAACACUGCCCAAGUUUGAAGGUAUACAGCCUCUGGUGCUUAAAGGACUGAUGUCAACUGUUAGCCAUGAUGUCUCCAUCGAGGUCUUAUCGAGGAUCACAGUGCCUUCCUGUGACUCCAUUUUCGGUGAUGCUGAAACGAGGCUCCUAAUGCACAUCACAGGUCUACUUCCAUGGCUUUGCCUGCAGCUCAGCCACGACCAAGUCCCGGGACCCGCUUCACCACUUCAGCAACAGUACCAAAAAGCAUGUUCUGUCGGGUCCAACAUCGCUGCCUGGUGCCGGGCAAAAUCACUCGAUGAAUUGGCUACAGUUUUUGUUGCUUAUUCCAGGGGAGAGAUCAAAAGAGUUGAUAAUCUCCUAUCUUGUGUAUCUCCUCUGCUGUGCAACAAAUGGUUCCCUAAACAUUCAGCUCUAGCUUUUGGGCACUUAUUAAGGUUGCUAGAGAAAGGACCGGUGGAGUACCAAAGAGUGAUAUUGCUAAUGCUUAAGGCAUUGCUUCAGCACACUCCCAUGGAUGCUUCUCAGAGCCCACAACACAUGUACACGAUAGUGUCACAGCUGGUGGAAAGCACUCUGUGUUGGGAAGCACUGAGCGUUCUAGAAGCCCUUCUUCAGAGCUGCAGCCCAUUGCCUUGCGGGACCCAUCCUCAAGAUUCAGCCAUCGUUUCAGAAAACGGGACUGAGGAGAAAACGCUCGUGCCUCAAGCGUCAUUCAAGGCGAGAAGCGGGCCGCUUCAGUACGCCAUGAUGGCUCCACCACAGCAAGGUGGCGGCCUGGCAACGGAGAUGGGGAUGAUGGUACCGAGAGAGGUGGCUCUGCAGAACACGCGGGUAAUCCUCGGACGUGUGCUCGAAAAUUGUGCAUUGGGGAGAAGGGACUACAAACGGCUGGUCCCAUUCGUGACGACGAUUGGGAACAUGUGAGCAAAAAAUUUGGAGCAACUUUCGUGUUUAGAUGCAUGCAUCUCUGUAUUGAAGGAUUCGUAUGUAGAUCCAAGCGAGAAUCAAAGCCGGUAUUUUCUCUUUGGAAGAUGAGAACCUUUUACGUUCACUUAAUGUUAAAUAUUUGAUUCGGACCAAA